UUUUAGGGAAAAGGGGGCUGGGACAUGAUGAUGCACACAGAACAUGAAAGUGAAACUUAAGUAAUGAGAGAGCGAGUUUUUUAACACUUCUCAUCAUGAUUGUUUUCUGUGUUAUUGUCCUUCUUCUUCCCGUGUGUGGGUCAGUGCCAUUGACUGGAUGGGUGCAGUCCCCUGGACACCCACGAGGGUAUGACCCCGAUUCCAGCCUGACUUGGAAAGAGUGUGCUCCAACCGGACACAGAAUCACACUCACUCUCUUACAUUUGGACCUGGAAGAAAGCUUUGAUUGUGAGGAUGAUUCCUUGAAGAUAUUUGCUGAUGAGGAGCUUCUUUUCAAACUGUGUGGACGCAAGUCCAUGAAGGAGCUGCAGGCGUCUAUCAACCCUUUCCUCCACUCCUCCCGUGGUGGUUGUCUCUCUGUUUCAUUUCUUGCAGACUACUCGAACCCUAAGAGACACACUGGAUUUCGAGGCUUUUAUGCCAUUCAGGAUGUUGAUGAGUGUACGGACCCUGAAAAUGAGUGCACCCAACUCUGCAAUAACUACAUUGGAGGUUAUCGCUGUUUCUGCAGACCAGGUUACGUCCUUGACCCUGAUGAGCACACCUGCCAAGUUAGCUGCAGUGAAGAUCGCAACGGCUCUAGAGAAGGUGUGCUGAUGUCACCUGGCUGGCCCGAGCCGUACCCUGAAAACUCUGUGUGUUCUUACACUCUGGCUGUAGAAGAAGGUCUGCAGUUUGAGCUGACGUUCAUGGGCGUGUUCGAUGUGGAAAUGAAAGAGAAUGGACAGUGUAUCGACUCAUUAACUAUAAAACCUCUCUCUGGUGAUGUUAGGACAUUUUGCGGAAGGAAACUCCCUUCGUUCUUCCUCACAAGGUCUCAACAUGUUGAGGUUAUCUUCAGGACAGACCACAAAGGAGCAAACCGAGGAUUUAGCCUCAGUUACAGAGUGAGAGAGAUGAAUUGUGUUGGACCUGUGACGCCAACAUCUAGUCUGAUCCCUCAGCAUUCCGAAUAUCCCACGGGCUACAAGGUUAAAGUGAAGUGUGACAAAGGACAUGUAUUAAAAUCAAAUAAAUCAGCUGAGGUUGAGUAUGAAUCCACAUGCCAGAAGAAUGGAAAGUGGAGUCCUGUUAUCCCCUGUGAACCCGUGGAUUGUGGCAUUCCAGAGCUUCCUGAAUUAAUGGAGCUAUCAGAUAAAGAUCCUCCAACAACUUAUCAGAAACAAAUCAGUUUCAAGUGUAAAUCUCAGUAUUAUCAACUGGAUAAAACUGGUAAUUUUACCUGUAAUGCUGAGGGUUAUUGGGAGUCUGAGAGUGGUCAAAAAUUAACAGAAGAUAUGCCUAAAUGUGAACCAGUGUGUGGAAUGAAUACAGAGGUCUCUUUUGGUGGUAGGGUCUUUGGUGGGAGUUCAGCUAAACUGGGGCAGAUUCCCUGGCAGCUCUUACAUAGGCAAUCUCCCAGAGGUGGUGCAUCUCUGAUCAGUGAUUACUGGGCUCUAACAGCUGCUCAUGUAGUGGAUGGAUAUGAAGAAUCCACCUUGAAUUGGUUAGGAGGAAUAAUUGAUGGUAAGGACAGAAACGCAGUCAAAAUGGAGACAGAGAAGAUCAUAAUUCACCCAAAUUAUCAGAAAGUUGGUAAAGGACAUCAAAACAGAUAUGAUAAUGAUAUUGCACUCAUCAAAAUGUCUGCCAGGGUGCCACUCGGUCCAAACAUCAGGCCAGUGUGUCUGCCAAAGAUAACAAAUGAUGAACUUGUGGCGGAGGGCACAAUCUCAGGUUUUGGUAGAAUGGAAGAAACAAAAAUGAGUCAAUAUCUGCUUUAUGGACUUGUUGAGAUAUUUUCACUUGAUAAAUGUGAUUCAAGAGGUUUUGAAGUCACUCAUAACAUGAUAUGUGCUGGAGGAGAAAGUAUAGACAGUUGUAAAGGUGACAGUGGAGGUCCUUUGUUUUCUCCAGGUCUGAGUUCUGGGUCUCCAGACAACCCUUAUCGUCUUAUAGGCAUUGUAUCAUGGGGUCCUCCUGAAUGUGGAAAUAAAAGCUUUAAGGGCUACUAUACUAAAGUCCAAAACUACCUGGAUUGGAUCAAAGAAACCAUGGAAAAAAACUAACGUCAGCAUACUAAAAUGAUAUUCACCUACACCAGUUAUUACAAUAUACAUCAGUGUCUAUCUACUAUAUCUGAUCUGUUAUUACCAUAAAUGAUUUAAGUUUUAUACUCCUAAUAAAAUCAUUUUCACAUGUAAA